UCCGUGCCUCUCUGCAGCCCUCUCCAUGCCUUUUCAGAAACAUGUCCUAAGAGGCACAGGGAAAGUCACUCUGAAAACCACCUUUCUGGUACAGAUUGGAUUUGGGACGCUGGCCAAUGUCACCCUCUUCUUCCAUAAUGUCUCGUCAGUCUUGAAAUGCCGCAAGCAGAGACCCACACAUGUGGUUCUCACCCACAUGGCCUUGGCCAAUCUCUUGGCUCUUCUCUCCUCUGGGAUUCCCCACACAAUGGCGGAUUUUCUUUUGAGCAACUGCCUGUCCAGUCUUGGGUGUAAAGUUGUAUAUUAUACACAGAGAGUGGCUCGCAGCUGCACCCUGUGCUGCACCUGUGUCCUGAGCACCUGCCAGUUCUUCACACUGUUCCCUGGGAGAGUGGAGUGGAUGAUGCUCAGGAAAACCCCCAAGGUCACUGGUCCUUCCUGCUGUGUCUGCUGGGUGUUUGCUGCCUUAACAAAUACCUAUAUUCUCUUGAAAAUCACUGAUGCACAGAAUAUAGGAAAUGAUACCAACACACAGGGCAGGUGGUUCUGCUCAUCUUCAUUUACCAGGGCAGGUGUUGCCAUCAUGUUAUUAUGUCCAGAUGCCAUGUUUAUUGGCCUCAUGGUCUGGGCCAGCGGCUCCAUGGUGGGUCUCCUACGCAGACAUCACCAGAGGGUGCAGAAUAUUCACACCCCCAAGGGCCCCCACAGCUGCCCCCCAGAGACCAGAGCCGCCCACACCAUCCUGAUGCUGGUGGUCACCUUCGUCGUCUUCUACAUGAUGAAUUUGGUUUUUACUUUAUACAUCACUUUGUUUCUAGACCUUCAGCUCUGGUUGAUACAGACAUGUAAUGUUUUGGCUUUGUGUUUCCCCACUGUGAGCCCCUUCCUGCUGGUCCUUAGGGACCCCAGAACUCCCAGGCUUUGCUCUUGA